GUGUUGCAGCUCUGAGCGCUCAGUUUGCCAAACUGCCCAUGGGUCUGAAGCACGUGAACCUCUCCAGGACGUCCAUGUCUCCUAAAGGCGUAAACAGCCUCUGUCAGGCUCUCUGCGCCAACCCGAUUGUGGCCUCCACCCUCACACACCUCGAUCUGUCGGGAAACUCCCUCCGAGGGGACGACCUCCCGAACCUUCACAGCUUCCUGAGUCACUCAAACGUCCUGGAAACCCUCGAUCUGUCCAAUAGCGACUGCUGUCUGGAGCAGGUGUGUUCGUCCCUGCUCAGAGGAUCUGUGAAGCACCUUUCUGUCCUCAACAUGUCAAAAACAGUCUUUUCUCACAGGAAGUGUAAAGACAUCCCUCCGUCCUUUAAGCAGUUCUUCAGCUCUGCUCAGGCUCUGACGUCCGUCAGUCUGUCAGGAACCAGGCUGCCUCUGGAGGCUCUGAAGUAAGACUGUGAUUUAAACAACACAUUCUGUACACGUUUCACAUGAAAGGAAAUUCGUCUCUGAAGCGGUUUGACGCUGAAGUAAGCGCUUCAGUCGCUUUGGUCGUGUUUGAGCGUAUCAGGUCCCCUGUUAGUGUUUUCAAUAUCACAUUUAGCUGAUUUCUGGAAACCUCAGAGAUGUGUUGCUGUUCACACCAAGGUUAUUAUUGUUAACGAAAACUAACAAAAUAACGAAAACUAGAAGUGAAAAAACAUUUUCGUUAACGGAAAUAAAA